CGCGGUGCCCUCCCGGCUCCCGCAGCAUGCCAGCCCGCGCCCCUCCUCGCCGCCUGCCGCGGCUGCUGCUGCACCGUCUCCUGUCGCUGCAUCUGUUGCUGCUCUCCCUACGCGCCCGCAGCCUGCGCGCCGAGCCGGGUCAGGGCGCGCAGACCUGGGCUCGCUUCGAGCGCCCUCCCUCCCCGGAGGUCGCUGGCUUCCUCCACGACACUUUCCCCGACGGCUUCCUCUGGGCGGUGGGCAGCGCCGCCUACCAGACAGAGGGCGGCUGGCGACAGCACGGUAAAGGCGCGUCCAUCUGGGACACAUACACUCAUCACCCUCCGGCCACCUCAGGCCACUCCGCGAUCGCUGUGGCGCCGUCGGGUGCCCCGCCACCUCCUCUGCCCUCCACCGGAGAUGUGGCCAGCGACAGUUACAACAAUGUCUACCGUGACACGGAGGCGCUGAGAGAGUUGGGGGUCACUCACUACCGCUUCUCCAUCUCGUGGGCGCGGGUGCUUCCCAAUGGCACCGCGGGCACCCCCAACCGCGAGGGCCUGCGCUACUACCGGCGGCUGCUGGAGCGCCUGCGGGAGCUGGGCGUGCAGCCGGUAGUCACCCUGUACCACUGGGACCUGCCGCAGCGCCUGCAGGACGCCUAUGGCGGCUGGGCCAAUCGCGCCCUGGCCGACCACUUCAGGGAUUAUGCAGAGCUCUGCUUUCGCCACUUCGGUGGCCAGGUCAAGUACUGGAUCACCAUUGACAACCCGUACGUGGUGGCCUGGCACGGGUACGCCACCGGGCGCCUGGCACCGGGCGUGCGGGGCAGCUCCAGGCUCGGGUACCUGGUUGCGCACAACCUACUUCUGGCUCAUGCCAAAAUCUGGCAUCUCUACAAUACCUCCUUCCGCCCCACUCAGGGAGGCCAGGUGUCUAUUGCCUUAAGUUCGCACUGGAUCAGUCCCCGAAGAAUGACCGACCAUAACAUCAGAGAAUGCCAGAAGUCUUUGGACUUUGUGCUAGGUUGGUUUGCCAAACCCAUAUUUAUCGAUGGGGACUAUCCAGAGAGCAUGAAGAGCAACCUCUCCUCACUUCUGCCUCAUUUUACCGAAUCUGAGAAGAAGCUCAUCAGGGGAACUGCUGACUUUUUUGCUCUUUCUUUUGGACCAACGUUGAGCUUUCAACUACUGGACCCUCACAUGAAGUUCCGACAGCUGGAAUCUCCCAGCCUCAGGCAGCUCCUGUCUUGGAUAGAUCUGGAAUAUAACCACCCUCAAAUAUUUAUUGUGGAAAAUGGUUGGUUUGUCUCAGGAACCACAAAAAGAGAUGAUGCCAAAUAUAUGUAUUACCUCAAGAAGUUCAUAAUGGAAACUUUAAAAGCCAUCAGGCUGGAUGGGGUCGACGUCAUUGGGUACACCGCGUGGUCCCUCAUGGAUGGUUUCGAGUGGCACAGGGGCUACAGCAUCCGACGUGGACUCUUCUAUGUCGACUUUCUGAGUCAGGACAAGGCGCUGUUGCCGAAGUCUUCUGCCUUGUUCUACCAAAAGCUGAUAGAGAACAAUGGCUUCCCUCCUUUGCCUGAAAACCAACCCCUAGAAGGGACAUUUCCCUGUGGCUUUGCUUGGGGAGUUGCUGACAACUACAUUCAAGUGGACACCACUCUCUCCCAGUUUACCGACCCAAACAUCUACCUUUGGGAUGUGCAUCACAGUAAGAGGCUUAUUAAAGUGGACGGGGUUGUAGGCAAGAAGAGAAAACCCUACUGUGUUGAUUUCUCUGCCAUCCGGCCUCAGAUAGCCUUACUUCGAGAAGUUCAUGUCACCCACUUUCGCUUCUCCCUGGACUGGGCCCUGAUCUUGCCUCUGGGUAAUCAGACCCAAGUGAACCGUACGGUUCUUCACUUCUACCGCUGCGUAAUCAGCGAGCUGGUGCGCGCCAACAUCACUCCAGUGGUGGCCCUGUGGCAACCAGCAUCCCUGCACCAAGGCCUGCCUCAUGCCCUGGCCAAACAUGGAGCCUGGGAGAACCCGCACACAGUCCUGGCGUUUGCAGACUAUGCGAACUUGUGCUUUAAGGAGCUGGGCCACUGGGUCAAGUUCUGGAUCACCAUAAAUGAGCCCAACACACGGAACAUGACCUACCGCGCCGGGCAUCACCUCUUGAAAGCACAUGCCUUGGCUUGGCACCUAUACGAUGAGAAGUUUAGGGCGGCUCAGAAAGGUAAAAUAUCCAUUGCCCUGCAGGCCGACUGGAUAGAACCGGCCUGUUCUUUCUCUCAAAAGGACAGAGAAGUGGCAGAGAGAGUGUUGGAAUUUGAUAUUGGCUGGCUAGCAGAGCCCAUUUUUGGCUCUGGAGAUUAUCCACGUGUGAUGAGAGACUGGCUGAACCAAAAAAACAAUUUCCUUUUGCCCUAUUUCACUGAAGACGAAGAGAAGCUGAUCCGGGGUUCCUUUGACUUCCUGGCAUUGAGUCAUUACACAACCAUCCUUGUAGACUGGGAAAAGGAGGACCCGAUAAAAUACAACGACUACCUGGAGGUACAGGAGAUGACUGACAUCACGUGGCUCAACUCUCCCAGUCAGGUGGCGGUGGUGCCUUGGGGGCUGCGCAAAGUGCUCAGCUGGAUGAGGUUCAAAUACGGAGACCUCCCCAUGUAUGUGACCGCCAAUGGCAUAGAUGACGAUCCCCACGACGAGCAAGACGCUCUGAGAACCUAUUAUGUUGAGAACUACGUAAACGAGGCCCUGAAAGCCUAUGUGUUGGACGGAAUCAACCUCCGUGGCUACUUUGCUUAUUCGCUUAGUGAUCGUUCAGCUCCGAAGUUUGGCUUUUAUCGAUAUGCUGCGAAUCAGUUUGAGCCCAAACCAUCUAUGAGACAUUAUAGGAAAAUUGUGGACAACAGUGGCUUCCUGGGAUCUGAACCAAAGGGAAGGUUUUGUCCAGAGGAGUACACCGUGUGCACCGAAUGCAGCUUUUUUCACACCCGGAAGUCUUUACUUGUCUUCAUCUCGUUUCUGGCAUUUGCUUUUAUUAUUUCUCUCUCUCUUAUUUUUUAUUACUCCAAGAAAGGCAGGAGAAGUUACAAGUAGUACAAACGUCUUCUUGGCCAUUUGCUUUGGGAUCAUUUUGCGCAAGACAUCAGCUUGUUAGCCAUCUGUACCUCUCUGUGUUGUGAAGCCAUGUUGCACACAUUUGGAUUCUAGAUUUUUUUUUUUUUUUUUUUUUGUCGCAGAUGGAAGAAGCUUUGUAACAGAUACUGGUGACUGUAAAAUAAUGAUAAGAUGAAUAGUACCUGAAUUUGCCCUCUUUAGGGGCGAUUAAACAACUGUACUCACCGUCGUUUUUUACAGUACCGCUAGGUAAGACAGGAAGCAUGGUACCAUAGCAGACUAACUGACGGAAGUUUGAGCAUCAACAUUAGGAACACAGAUGAAAAUCUACCUGUGCCCAAUAUUAAACUUCACAUGCCUUUGGAAGUGACAACCUCAGUUGCCAUGGUACCUAACAGCUGUGACUUUCCCUGAUCCAUUUUCACAAGGCAAUGAUGGAAGGAUGUACAGUGGAGAUGGCCAAGAGACUGAAGGCUAAAAACAGUCCUUGUAAGAGCACUAUUUUAUCACAUGCUGCUAAUAUUAAUUUAUGAAUAUGCUCAGAGAACACAUUAUGGAAACUUACAUUGCUGUGUUUUUGAGGCGCCCUCUAAAUCCCAGAUUCUUGAGGGCUUUCUCACUUCCUGUCCUUUGACAGCCUGCACAUUGGAGAAUGUUUUUGAUAAAUGUUCCGCAAAAAAUAAAGAUGAGUCAUGAGCGCUGGCCUCUUUGGGAAAUUGACUGUGGAAUCCAUUGCACCUCGGUGGUUGCAGGAAGGAGAAAGGAGGGCUUUUCUUCUUCUUCUUCUUCUUCUUCUUCUUCUUCUUCUUCUUCUUCUUCUUCUUCUUCUUCUUCUUCUUCUUCUUCUUCUUCCUCC